AUGCUCAAAUCUAUAUUUGAAAUUUUGUCACUUCUGUUAUACAUACAGUAAUCCAUUGCAUUAUUAUAUAGAAAUACUAAUAGCUAAUGCACAUUUAUGCCAUACGGUCCUUUAUUAUAUCCGACAAAUCCAUAAAUUUAACUUGACUUAAAUGUACCAGAAGAUGUCGUAUAAUAUUAAGAAAAUAUUGGCUAUGGUGUUUGGACAAAAUAUCAACCUUUUGGUCUGAUGUCAGACUUGAGUAUUAUUACCCUUUAGUAUUUUAGGAAAUAGGGAAUGGUAACUAGAUGGAUCUAUAAAUAGAUUAAAUACGAUCUAAGGAGGAUAGUUUAUAUAUUCAAUGAAACAAAAGGAGAACAAUACUAAAUUUUGGUUGUUUCAUUAUUAGUUGACUAGAUUGAUUAAAGAUUUCAACACAGUAUCUACUAUUCAUUUGCUAAAUCAUCUGGUUUAAUAUAAUUCAAUACAUAUACAAUAAUUGAAGGUAUAUGGAUUUUGUGUUAUGCAUAUUUUGAUUUUCUUACAAAAAUAACAACAAUUGGAAUCUAUAACAAUCAUGAACCAUUAAAAACAUAUUAAAUUUUGGAUACACCGUCAUUCGUGAGCCAAAUUAGACAUAAUGUUGGUGGAAUAUAUUCAUACAAAAACAAAAAUGGAGAUCGAGUGUAACUAACUUAGUUUAUUGGGUCUAUGUCAAAUUUAUUUACAUCAAAUAAUUAGAACAUUCUUUUAGAUUUAGAAUAGUGCGUUAAUUAAUUUAUUAAAUAUGAUAUUUGCUAUAGUAAAGAAUAUAAUAUGAGCCAGAAAAUUUAGUAUAUGAGUGGAUUCGAUCUUAUUCAGAUGUAAACAUCAGUACUCAACAUACCUAUCUACUAGAUCCAAGGAUGGAUAAAACUAGACGUGCCAAAUUUACCUUUCCUAGAAACAACAAUUUUUAGAAUAACUAUUAAUUACAAUUAUAGUGAUGAUUCUUAUAUCGGUGAUAGAGAAGUUUUAUUGAAAUACUUUCAGAGUAGUGUUCCAGGGGAAAAUGGUUUUAAAAUUUCCACUUACAGUUACGCAUUUCCAGUAAAAUCGAGAUAUAAGACUUAAGAGGAUGAUAAAAUUUCUGAAUAUGGCGACCAGUAUUCUUCCAUGUUUAUUACUUGGCAUUAUUUUUCAUUUGAAAUAGGAACAUUGAAUAAUGAUGGCUAACCAUAAUUUACUUUAUAUUUUCCUUCUGAAAAUUAAUACUAUAAAUACAUUUGGGAUAAAAUUAUAAAGCACUUUUCUGGAGCUACAUACUACAUAUUUAUUGGAGGGGAUAAUUAUGUGAAAUCAUAUCUUAGAGGAUAUGUCAGUGAUAUUAAGUUUUAUUUAUAUUGCUAGCCUGAAGUUCCUGUGGUUGUAGUUAGUUGUGAUUAUUCAUGUUUAGAUUGUGAUGGUCCAACACCUUUAAACUGUCUCAGUUGUCACGAAAAUAGUCAUAGACAAUUUUCUAGAACUGGAAAAACUUGUAAUUGUUAGGAAGGAUUUGUGGAUGUAAAAGACCAAGAAGAAUGUGUAUCAGUAGCUGAAGCAUUUUCAUAUCUUACAAAAUAAGAGAUUGAAUUAAAUUGCAAUUUAGAAGGCUACAGUAGAUGCGAUGGAUCAAAUGUUGAGUGUAGUUUUGGAUAUUUUCUAUUUUAAAACUAAUGUGUUAAAUGGUAAUAAUAAGUAUAUUUAUAUUAGUCCAGAGUAGAGCUUAACAUAUGAUGAUAUUUUUCUAAGUUGCUUCGAUUGUUAUUCGAGUCCAAUUACUUUUGGUUAGUCUUUAAAAUGUACAAUGGAUGCAAAAACAUUUUAUUUUAAUUCAAAAUACUCCUAUGAAAUUGUUCAAAGAGAUGAUAACCUUGUGACUUUUUAUGAAAUGAAAUUGAAUCUCAAUUAAACAUACAUAGCUAAAUUAUGUUGCGGAUGCAUGACAAUAGAAUAAUGUAAGCCAGGAUAUUAUUUUAUGGGAGGUUAAUGUUUUCCUUGUAUUUAGAAUUGUUACUUUUGUUUAAAUUCUUAUACAUGUGAAAGUUGUCAGGAAGGACAUUAUUUAGGCAGAGAAAAUCAAUGCAUAAAAUGUCCUAAUUGUAAAAGAUGCUUUUUAUAUGAAGAAUUUUUAUGGUGCAGUUAUUGUGAAGACGAUUAAGUAUUAUAAAAUAAUGAGUGCGUAUAAUGUGGAUAAAAUUGCAAUAGUUGUGACUAAUAGGGAUAUUGCAAGUUUUGCAAUGGAGAUCCUUCCAAAUAUUAUUUAACUAUAGAUGGAAAAAAUUGCAAAGAAUGCAAUAUUGAAAAUUGCGUUUAUUGUUUUGAAUAUGUAAUUAUAUCUGGAUAAUAUUCUACAACAUUAGAAAUGAAUUUCAAUAUAUACAAUUUUUCUACAAAUUAAAUUACUACUGCUUGUGCCUUAUGCAAACCAAACUAUCACUUUAAUUAAAAUACAAAUAAAUGUGAGUUAAAGUAAAUUGAUGAUGAUUGUGAAUUUGCUCUCAUCUUAGCUUCAACUUAUUAAAAAGUAUGUAUAAUCAGUCUUAAAAAUAAUGAUGCUGUUUAAGUAAACUCUUGUUCAUCCCUUAAGUACUGCAAAUAAUGUAUUCAUCAAUAUAGUGCAAAUGAAUCCUAUUGUAUUUAAUGUGAAGAUGGAUACUACUCGGGAGUACUGACUGGAUAAUGUUAAUUAUGUACUAAUAAUUGUAAGACUUGUUUACAGCAAAAUAGCAUUUUCAAGGAUUAUUGGAAAUGGAGUGUAAAAGCAUUUUAUAAAUAACUCAUAAAUUUUAACAGUGAUAAUUCCUUUGAAGAUUAAGGAUAGUCUAGGGCUCAAUCUGAUCUUGAAAUUAUUUGCACAUCCUGCUAAUUAUAAUACAUUCUCUAUCAAUAGCAAUGUAUUAAAGGAUGUGAACAGAGUUGUAUUGAAUGCAAAAUUCUUGAUGGAAAAGCUACAUGCAUUUAAUGUCAAGAAACUGACUAAGGGUUUCUCAAGAGCAGAAAUAACAAUGGAGAAUGUCUUCAGUGUCCUUCAUAUUGUAUUGCUUGUAUAGAAAGAAAUCAACAGGAAAUUUCAGAAAUUAACCCAUAUUAUAUUUAAAAUGAUGAAAAUGCAUAAUAUUCCAGAAAAUGCUAUGAAAAAUCUAAAAAGUAGGAUAAUUAUUAUUAUGAUUUCUUAACCUAAACAAUAACAGUUUGCACAAACAACAUACCUUGUUAUAAUAGAUUUAUAAUUUAAUAAAAUGUAUUUUGUGAUUCAAAUUAAUUUAAUUAGUUACUCAAUGAUAAUAAGGAUGAUUAAUUUAAACAAAAGAACAUUUUAUUGAGUGAUUUUUAUUAUUCUGAUUAUCUUAAUCAUUUUGAAUCUUAGUUACUCUAUAAGUAUUUGAAUGAAGCUCAAGUCAGGAAUAUGGAAUUUUAAUUUACUCUAAUAUAGGGCACUCAAUUAGAAUGCAUCUUAGAAGAAGACUUAACAAUUUAUUCACUUUUAUAAUAAAAUAUAUUCACAUUAUAGUAAGUUGACAUCAUUUUUGAAGGCCAAACCAGCCCUACUAUUUUAACGAUAUUUAAUGAAAUUACCUUAAGUAAUUAUACUAAGGUUACUUUUAAGAAUAUAAAAUUUAAUUUUGAUAAAAUAUUAUCUAGUAGGGAUUCAUUUUUUAUAACUUUAUUUAAUUUGCGAUUAUAAUUGAUACUAAGCUUUCAAAAUUGUAUUUUUACAAUGCCAUACAAUACAUAUAGAAAUUACUCUCUAUAAAUAAGAUCUAACAUCCCUUAUUCUCUAGAAUUAUAAAAUUUUACAAUUACAAACUUUUACGUUUCAUAAUCUGAAAUAUUUACUUUUAUAUCUUUGGAGCAGACUCCUAAAAACUCAGUUUAAAUAACCAAUUUUUAAAUUAAGAAUUCCUUCUUUUUCAAUUCAACUCUAAUUAAAUUUCAAGCCAAUCAUAAUAAUCUGCCAUAUGAUUCAUAAUUAAAUCUAAUUUCAAUAACAGAUACAAUAUUUUUUUCUUCCAAGUUUAUCACUAGUUAAGGGCUCUUAAAUUAUACUACUGGAUCUUUAUUGAUAAAAUAAAUUUAAUUUUCAAAUGUGCAAUUUUACCAAAACUCAGCUUUCCUUCUUUCUUCUAGCUUAUCAUCUUUGUAUAUCAUUUAUCUAACUCUAGACAAUACAAAAAUUUGUUAAAACUCCAAUUUUUUCUCAUCUAAUAUCAUAAACCUCAAAGUUGGCACAAUUAAUAAUACUUAAAUUAAGAAUAGCAGUUUAAUAAAUAAUCUUGUUGAAUAUUCGAAAUCCGAAAUAGCUUUGCAAUCUAGCUCUAUAGGAAAAAUCGAAAAUUAUCAUAUUUUAAAUACUCAAUAUGAUGAUAAACAAUAAAUAAUCAAAAUUAUAAAAUAUAAUGAAAUAGUUUAAUUACAUUUAAGUUUAACUGAUUUUUCUUUUAUGAAUGGUCAACUAUCAACUUUAAUUUAAUAAUAAGAGAUUUCAUAUUAUUCCUCUAUUAUAUAUUUUGAGUGUCAAUUAUGUUAUCUAGGAGGUAUAAAAUUAUAGAGAGGACAUGGAUUGCCUGAGAUGACUUUACUGUAUUCAGAAGUUUUAGAUAUUAAAAAUUUUAGCAUUAGUUCAAAUUAAAUAUAUAUAACGAAAUCUUUGCAUAGUUCCUACGAAUGUAUAGAGAAAUUUGCCUUCAAAAAUAUGCAUUUUUUUUUAUAUAUAGGUUUCUACUCAAUUGUUAAUAUCAAUUCCUUAGACGUAUCAGAUAGCUUAAGCAUCAAUAGCCCAUUUGUUAUCCUUUAAGGAUAUGAUUUAAUGUAGAGAUAAUCUUCAGAAGUUAUUACAGUUUUCGAUGUCAUAUUCUCUUAAAAUUUAUUAUUGAUAACUGAUUCAAAUAAAUAACAGCUUUGCUGUCAAUAAUUUCUCAAUAAAAUUGCUCAAUAACUCUUUAAAAGUUAAACUAUACUGGAAAUCAUCUUAAUGAAUAUUUUCAGGACUAAACAAGAGUUUCUGCUUCUACAGCAUUCAUCUAAUUAUAUUAGGGGUAUGUCCUUAUAUCAGAUUCACACUUCUUUUAAAAUAUUGUCACCAAUUCAAGCGAUUCUAUUUUAUAUAUUAAAUCUACUUAAGUUGUAUUACUUUAAUGCAAAUUUGCCAAUAGCAAUAAUAUAAUGUAUAAUUCAUUAAGUCGCCAUUUGCUGUAUUCUGAAUUUUAGGACUUACAAUCUCUUAAUUUUUUGGGUAUUUUCCCAAUAAAGUCCUUAAGUGGAAAUGGUAUGUUCAUUACACAAUCUUUACUACUUGAUAAGAUAGUUAUAAAUCAAUCCUAUGCUAUAGCCGGGGGGGCUUUUCAUAUAAUUACUCAAGGGAAAAGCUAAAUCGUAAUUGGUAAUUCAUCUUUUUUAAAUACAUUUAGCUUAUCAGAUUCUAAUACAUUUUCAUCUGGCGGAUGUUUAUUUGUCGAUGGUUCUGUAUCAUAAUUAAAGGUUAUAAUUAAAAACACCAAAUUUUAAGAAUCGUUCAGUAAAUAUGAUGGAGGAGCUAUUUACAUCUUACCAUCUAAAAGCUAUAACUGGAUAGAAUUGGAAAAUCUAAUUGUCUUGGAUUGUUUCUCUUUGUAAAAUUCCUUCUUUUCCUACAACCCCCCAAAUAUUGAAUCACUUUAUACCGAAAUAUUGCUUAAGAAUAUCAACUUUAAGUCAACUGAACAGGGUUUCAAUAAAUUUAUUCAAUCAAUGAAUAGACUAACUGAGGAUGAAGCCUUUUAAGUUAGUUAUUCUAACCCAUAAAUCUUCAUUCACUAUGGUUUCAUUAGUAUUAUAAAUUGUAGCUUCAUAUCAUCUCACUUUCAAUAUCUGAUAUAAAUCAAAUCGGCUUAUCAUAUCAAUUUAUAAAAUAUAACAAUUCAGAAUAGCACAUUUUUGUAAUCUCCUAUGAUUGUAAUAAACUUAAAAGAAUGUAAUAUUAAUUAUAAAUUUUAGAAUUAAGUGGAAAAAUAUUAAUUGAAAAUCUUCAGAUUUUAAAUGUGGUUGAAUUUAAUAAAUCCAUAGAAGGAGAAUGCUAAGAUAUAGAAUUACCCACAAGCUCUCAAUUAUAAUGCCCUUUAUCAUUACCUUAAAAACCAUGGGCAAUUUAAUCAAUGGAUAACAUCAAAACAAAUCAGAAAUUAUUAAUUUGUAAUUUGUUAUCUAUCUUUAAAAAUAAAGCAAUUAAUUUAAGCUUAAUAACUAUUAAUUCACUAGAUUCAAAUCAUAAACUUAUUUUAAAAAAUAUUAAUAUUUAGAAUGUAAAUUGUCAGAAUUGUUUAUAAGGAGUUUUUCAAAUUUUUGAUAUAAAAUAACAAAUUCAAGAUUAGAUAAUAUUUUCGUAAAUAAAAUUUAAAAAUUGUGUUUGCGGUUACAAAGGAUGCUUAUCAAUCCUAUAAAAUUCAACAAAUUUAAAUUUUAAUAAUGAUUUAUUUACAAAUAAUCGCAUAUUAUAACAAAAUAACCUUGAAUCCAUUGAGUUCUAGUUAAAUCACUAAGUAAUUGUUUAAAAUGCGAUAUUUUUAAAUAAUUCUGCCCGUUAAGGAGGAUCAUUAUUUAUUUAGGAAAUCAAUAUAUUGAUUAAAAACAGUUUGUUUUGCAAUAAUUCAGCAGAAAUUGGAGGGGCAAUAUUUUAUUUUUCUGAAUAGACAUCCCUAGACUUAUUUAAGACCCAAUUUAUAAAUAAUACUGCUUAGAUAGCCGGGGCAGUUUACUUUAAUAAUUAAUCUCUACAAUUAACAAAAGAAUUGGAGAUUGAAUUUAUAGACAACAAUUCAUCUCAAUAUGGAGACAAUAUAUUUGAAAAGCCUCGUUCAUUAUCGAUAUCAAUAGAUGGGGGUAAGACAAUUUUACAUAAGAAGUUAGUGAAGAACACCUCACAUGAAAUAAUCGAAUAGAUAAUAGUUACACCCUAUAAGAUAUUAGGAUAUUCAUCCUCAGUGAAUUACCUAACUCUCCCAUCAGGAAGAAGUAUUUCAUCCUAUGAGUACUUUGACCAAUACACAAGCUCCUUUAUUCCUUAUAAUUUAACUUUUCGGAUUAUUGCGUUGGAUAAAUUCAACAAUCAAAAUAAGGGUCUUUAUGAUUCAAGUUGCACUCUUAAACCAAUAACUUUUAAUAUAACCUCACAAACUGAAGUUUCAGGAAUUACCUUUAGUUUGUCCAAAUAUCAUGUUUUUUUUAAUAAUUCCACUGGAGAUUUUAAUUUAGAUGAUUUAAUUAUUUAUUGGAAUCCAAAUUAUGAAAUGGAAUUAGUUUUAAGAAUUUCAAUUCGGUGCAAUUAGGUGUCUGUUCCAUUUUAUGAUAAAGAUUCGCCUUAUCUGAUUUAGAGUCAAAAUACUAACUAUAACCUGCUAGUAGAUGUUAGAACAUUCUAAUGUCAAUUAGGAGAGUUUUUAAAUUAAACAACAGGCGGCUGUAUACUUUGUGAUAAAUUCCAAAACUAAUAUUAAGUUGCCAGAAAGGCCUUAAAUUGUAGUUUUAAAGACGAUAUGAAAAUCAGACUAAUAGAGUCAUCAAUGAUAGAAUUGAGACCAACUUAUUGGAGAGCAUAUAAUCAUAGUUAAAAUAUAGAAUAUUGCUACCACAUGCCAAAAAAUUGCUAAGGAGGAUGGAUACCAGGUGAUAAAUCCUGUUAAGUAGGACAUAUUGGUGCUCUAUGUGAAUAAUGCGAUCUUUAUGAUAGUAGAGGCUAAGGAUCAUUUUAUUUAAGUUCUGCAUAUUAAUGUUUAAAUUGUAAAAUAACUGUUUACAAUAUUCUUUCCAUAAUUUUUGUUAUAUUUUGGACGUUAUUGUCAACCUUAAUUUCUGUUUCUAGCACUUCUGAAAUGAUUUAAGAAUUUAUAGCAGGGUUAAGAUUAAGACUUUUUGGAGUAAAAUUUCCAAUCAAGCAAAUAUCAUCAGCAAUUUUAAUAAAAGUCUUUACAAAUUACUUAUAGAUCAUAUCUACACUUCUUAAAUUUUAGCUUUAAUUACCUAAUGAACUAACAUCAAUUAUUAGUAGUUGUGCCAAUCCAAUUGAAUCAAUGGCCUUUUCACUGGAUUGCUAUUUAGUUUAAUUUACUGAAGUUUUGAUCAUAUAUAUUAGAAUUAUUUGGAGCAUUAUUAUGGCUCUAUCCUACGUAAUUCUAUUUAUAGGACUAGGGGGAAUAGCAAUUGCAGUUAAGCUUAUUAAACAUAAUUUUUCAUUUUAUACUAUAUCAGUUAUUUAUUUGUUCAUCUUUUUUUAGCCAAGUUUAAUUGGAUAACUUAUAUCUUUGUUAUCAUAUAGAUAAAUAUCAGAUGAAUUUUGGAUUUCAAGUAAUGUGGCUUAUAGAUAUGAUACAUCCUCUCAUCUCAGAUGGAUUAUUGCAUUUGAUAUUCCUUUGCUAACAAUUUUAUGUAUCACAAUUCCAACUAUUCUUUGGUAUGGAGUUUAUAAAAAUAGACGUACAUUAGACAAGACCAUUACUCGAAAGACUUGGGGAUAUUUAUACCAAGAGUACACUAAAAAUGCCUAUUAUUAGUGAAACUGUUAAAAUAGUUUAAAAAGAGUUGAUUAUAUUGGUUAGAAUUUAUUACGAUGACUUCAUAACAAUCAAAGCUUCCUUAAUUUUUUUAAUUCUUUUUUUUUACAGUCACUUUGCCAAAUCAAUAAAUCCAUAUAUGACUAAGUAAUUAAAUGUCCUAGAUUAAUAAUCAAUCAUUAUAUGUGCCAUUUCAAUUGUCUUAGCAUGCUCAAUUUAUUCAGCUCAAUAACAAAAUCUAUAGGAAAUAAUCUGGCCUUUUUAUGUGAUUAUUGGAUGUCUCAAUAGCUUUUAUACUAUUAAACUAGUUAUUUCAAUAAUAUUAGCUUAUUUUAAAAGGAUCUUUGAUAAAAUUGACAAUCUAAAAUAGAGAAUAUUUGCUAUUCUACCACUCAAAAUUAGUUCAAAUCCAAAAAUUUAGAGACUGCUUGAAACUCGAUAAACUAAAUUGACUAGAAUUCAAAGAAGAUUUCAAAUAUUAAAAGAAUACUUAUUAGCAAUAUCAAAAGAAAACUUAAAAGUGAGAAAGUAAGAAAAAAUUAUAUAAAAUGUAGGUCUAAACAAGAAUAAUUUCAACAAAGAGAUAACAGUCAACAGUUGCAUAAAAUGAUUUUAUAGUACUCCUUAAAAGGAAAUUCGAAGUAUUCUGACCAUCAUAGAAGAUAAAGCCAACUCUAAACAUUUCAUAAUUAUUCAAGAAUUUCUCUCAAGCAUGAAGAAGAACAUGACAACUAAUUUUGGAGAAUGUAGACCUUAAGACAAGAAUCUUAGAUUCUUUGA